AUGGCGAAUAUUACUGCCGCCGGCAAUGGAAUCACCGGCGGCUACACCGGUACUUCGCUAGGAAUGCAAAUCACCAUCGCCACGCUCGCUGGUGUUACCUGGUAUAAUGCAUUCGAACUGGUCACCCUCGUCUUCGUUACAUUUUCGCAGUAUCACGGUCUAUACUUCUGGAGCUUACUGAUAUCGUCGUCUAUCGGUCUGGUACCUUACUCAUUGGGCUUUUUGUUGAAGUUCUUCAACUUGACCUCUGCCGGCCUUUCGGUGACCUUGCUCACCAUCGGCUGGUGGUGUAUGGUUACAGGCCAAUCUAUCGUUCUAUACUCUCGUCUGCACUUGGUCCUUGAUAAUCGGCGAAUCCUACGGCGCGUUUUAAUAAUGAUUCUGGUCGACGCCGUCAUUCUACACAUCCCAACCACCGUCUUGACUUAUGGUACAAAUAUAGCCCAGCCACAUGCUGACCGGUACGUGAACGGCUAUAACAUCAUGGAAAAGAUCCAGAUGACUGGAUUCUGUCUCCAAGAAUUCAUCAUUUCGGGUCUUUACAUCUGGGAGACAGUGCGCAUGCUCCGACUCGAUCCAGACCGUACGAAACGCAAGAUCCAGUGGCAGCUCCUGAUCAUUAACAUGAUUAUCAUCAUCCUCGACCUGGGCCUACUAGUCGCCGAAUACAUGAACUACUAUAUCAUGGAGACCAUGCUCAAGGGCGCCGUCUACAGCAUCAAACUGAAACUCGAGUUUGCCGUCCUGGGUAAACUCGUCAAUCUCGUCCACAACCACGUCUGGAAGCCCGAAUCCUUCUCCGGUCCUCAAGACUUGCCCGACUUCGUCGACGCUACUCGUGUUACCUCCGAUGUCACCCACGCUGCCCCAAGACAGAGCCACCGCGCACCAGACUGGAUGGAUGCUGAUGAUAUCUCCAUCGCCAUGUUCGAGCACUCCCCGCCAACCAACACGUCCGAUACCUCAAAUUCCUGGACCGAGAGGCAUGCGGUCCACCUUAUCGAUUUCACCAACCCUUUUGUUAAAUAUCAGCGACACUCGUCUCGUUUAUCCGAGAAGCCACAGGAUCCUGGCUAA